CCAAGGUCCAGCGAAGAUGGGCAACUUCCUCGCGCGCUUCAGCGAAGAUGAGACCCCCGGCACGCUCCCAAAAGAUGAGACACCAGCAGCCGGCCACGGCCAGCCGCCGGGCCGGCCGGGCACCAGCCUGGUCGGUCAGCUCCACGUCUUUGACGGACCGCCGCCCCGCGUCGAUGGCGGUCGGCCUACCCUGGCCAACGCCGGCAGCGCUGCCGGUGCCGCCUUUGCGCCCGGUCGCAUCACCGCCUCAGGCUCCGGCUUUGCCUCCCCCUCCACGGCAGCUCUUACAGUCGACGAGAAGAAAAUGCAGGAUGUGGCAGAUUUCUGGUCUAGGAUGAAGAAAGGCAAGCAUAAACUGGACAGUUGGGAUCUUACCUAUCUAGAAUGCAAAAUCUUCUCUUGGUCUUUGGAGGAUGUCCUCAACAAGGACCUUCUCAAGGAAAAGGUGAAGAAAAUACCCAAGACAUUCUCAUCGCUGGAGCAUUACUUGGAUUCGUUUGCUGAGCCAUUGGUCGAGGAAGUCCACGCGGACUUCCUCUCUUCGUUCGAGGGUUACCACCAAGCACCAUUCCUUCAGGUAACCAGGGUUCAGAAGCUCGACCAUGGCGAGAAGUCCUCGGCCUUCUUCUUCUGUUUUCUAGCUGCCAGGAGAACAUCGUACACUCCCGUCAAGGACGACAUCGUCGCCAUCUCCUCCUCGAGGAAGGGCAAGCACCCGUCAUCCUACGUCUUGGGUUCGGUCUGCAAGAGCUGGGAAGACGACGAGGAUUUCCCAGCUGACUGCUUCAUCGUCAGGCUGUCGACGGCUGUUCCGCCCGUGGAGGUCGACGCCGGAACAAACAGACCCGUGGCGCCGUUGUUUGUCUCAUUUCUCAUGAACACCAAGACGUACAAUCGCAUUUGGACGUGCCUUCAGCUGGGGAAGACGAGCGGUCGGAAGAGAGUGAGCGAUGCCGGUCUCGUGGAUGCCAUCUGGAGAUACAGCGCCUCGAAGGCAGUGGAAAAUGACUCCGGGUCCCAGUCAUCUCAUCGGUCAGCUGCCGCCGCCGACCUUGGGCUCGACAGGUUCAGGCUUAACGGGUCGCAGCUGAACGCAGUAGAGGACUCCGUUGCAGCAAUGGGGAGCCCUUCUCCUUCCCUGAAGCUGAUAUGGGGGCCUCCAGGGACCGGCAAAACCAAGACCAUCAGCACCAUACUCUGGGCGAUGCUGCUCAGGGGGCACCGGACGCUUACUUGUGCUCCGACCAACACCGCGGUGCUGGAGGUCGCGUCUCGAGUUGUCCAGCUUGUCCGGGAGUUCUCGAAUGGCGGCAGCGGCGGCUGCUUCCUCAGUGACAUCGUUCUGCUGGGAAACAAUGAGAAGAUGAAGGUAGAUGCCAGCCACAAGCUCUCUGCGGUGUUCCUUGACUGUCGUGUCGAGCGGCUUUCCCAAUGCUUCUCGCCAAAUGGAGGCUGGGCCCACUGCUUGCGUUCGCUGAUGGGUUUUCUUGUGGAGCCUGUGAGCAAAUACCAGCUGUACACCGACAAAAUUACCAAGGACCGUGAGGAGGAGGAGGAGAAGAAGAGGAACAUCUCAUCAAAUGUACUAGAUAAGAAGAACAAAAAUGUUGCAAGAUGCAAUAAAGGGAAUGGCCAUGAAAAGGAUAGAUGCAAUAAUGAAGGAGACGUGCAAGUGUUUAUUACCCUGUCAUUCAAGGAUUUUGUGAGAGCCACUCACAAGGAACUCGCUCACAACUUGUGCCACUGCAUCGAGACAUUGCAGAAUGAUUUCCCAAGGGACCCUACGCCGGCGCCGAAUUUCUGGUGCAUGUCCGAUGUGGUAGAAGCAACAAGAGUUCUCGGUGCGCUGCUAGACGCCGGUGCCGGCGACAGACACGAGGCAUGGGUGAGCGAUGUCGGCGAUGCCUGCAACCCGUGCUCUGUGAGCAGCGAUCCUCCAUGCGAGGAAUGCAGAUUCAGGAAAGCGAGGUCACUCUGUCUCGAACAACUGGAGUAUCUGCGCAACAAUCUGAAGCUCCCCGGCUACUACGACAAGCGACCGAUUGAAACCUACCUGCUGAAGAGAGCCAAGAGUAUCCUGUGCACUGUUUCCACUUCUUUCAGGCUGUAUAACGUACUGCCCACGGAUAACCACAAACCUGUUGGCGGGCAAGGACAACAGCAACGCAAAGAACCCGAGAUCUUCCCACCUCUGGAGCUGUUGGUCGUCGACGAGGCCGCGCAGCUCAAGGAGUGCGAGGCCAUGAUCCCGCUGCAGCUGCCUUGUAUAAGGCAUGCUGUUUUCAUCGGGGAUGAGCGCCAGCUACCUGCUCUCGUCAAGAGCAAAAUAUCCGAGAAUGCGGAUUUCGGAAGAAGCAUCUUCGAGAGGCUGAUCUCGCUAGGCUGCCGCAAGCACCUUCUCGACACCCAGUACAGGAUGCAUCCGGAGAUAAGCAGGUUCCCUGUCUGGAGGUUUUAUGACGGCAAGGUAGGUGACGGCCCCAACGUCGUCUCCAAGAGCCACUGGCGCCGCCUCUUGAGAGGCAACAUGUUUGGGCCCUACUCGUUCAUCAACGUGCGUGGGGGGCGCGAGAGCAGUGAGGAGCAUAGCCGGAGCCCCAAAAACACCAUCGAGAUCGCCGUCGUCUCGCUGAUAGUGGAGAGACUGUUCCGAGAGUCGUCUUCUUCGGGAACAAGGCUAUCCGUUGGCAUCCUGUCGCCGUACAACGCUCAGGUGAGAGCGUUCCAGGAGAAGCUGGAGAAACCAUACGGUUGCCGCGAUGGUUUCUCUCUCAAGAUAAAGUCGGUGGACGGGUUCCAGGGCGGGGAGGAAGAUGUCAUCAUCAUAUCCACGGUGAGGAGCAACGAGGAUGGCGCCGUCGGGUUCCUCAGGGACGCAAAGCGUACCAAUGUGGCUCUCACCAGGGCCAAGCAUUGCUUGUGGGUGAUUGGCAACGCGACGACUCUGUCGAAGAACAGGUCUGUCUGGCAGGACAUUGUGUAUGAUUCUCAGAGACGACGGCGCUUUUUCCAUGCUAGCAGUGACAAAGGUCUGCUAGACGCAAUACAGGCGGCAACUACUGAGCUUGAUGCCGCCGAUAAUCUGCACAAGAUGGAGUCCUUGCAGUGCGCGGCAUGAUCCAGAGGUACAUACUGUGGAAUAAGUUCUCUGAAGCAUGUUGUCGGCCUACGGUCGCAGGAGGCUGAAAGCUUCUGGCUUCCAAAGUUGGGUGGCAAAAAGGAGUAGAAGUAGAAACUAAGCUUGUGGUACUAACUUCUUCUGAUUACAAAGACCCAGGAAGGAUCGUUGUUCGAUCGUGAGAUAAUUUGAAGUUUGGAAAGCGGACAUCAUAUAUCUUCGAUGCGGGCGGCUCAAAGUUGAAACCGUGCCUGAGGAAGAACGGUUUAACCGUUGUAAACGAUCACUUCUAUUCGUUGUGAAUGAACGGCCAUGCCUGCCUGCAAACUUGUAUAUAUAGCUCUCGUGGAAAAGAUACCGUGAUUGUUUGCUUUGGCCUUUGGGCAAAGCAUCA